CCCCAAUUCAAAGCAUUUCCUCCCAAACUCCGUUACAGCUCCUCCAGAAUUCCUGCUGAGCAUUCGUCCGCAAAGCGCACGGCACGCGACGUACGCACCGCACCGCACCGCUUGAACGUUUUAGAAUUGCCUUUAAUUUUCGUGGUUUUGUGAACGCAAUUUUUUUGAGAGUAGUGUUUGAACGCCUCCACAAAGCGGGGCGGGAAUUAACGUUCAUCGCCCGAUCCCGUCUUGGUGCCCAAUUCCACUUCUGCGUGCUGGACUUUGGUGAGGUGGCGACAACCGGUAGAUCCAUCUGCAGACCAAGUGAACAACCAACACAGCAGCGGUAGCAGCCCAGAAGAGCUUCCGUAAGAGAGAGAGAGAGAGAGACAGAGGGUCGCUGAGAGAUGUCAGCCUCCCGGGCGGCCGUGGCGAUGCUGCUGAUGCUCGUGGCGGCCAUCGCUGCCAUCCAAGAGGCCCAAGCCACGUGGCCUCACUACUACGACUCCUACGAGGGGCCAAUGGCAGCCGACCCACCGGCCUACUAUGACGUCGUCGAGAUGAGCAGCUCCAAUGACUGCCCCGAGGUCUGCACCUGCCCCCUCGCCUGGCCCACCGCCAUGUACUGCGACAACCGCAAGCUCAAGGAGGUGCCGCCCGUCCCGUCGCGGAUGAAGUACGUCUACCUGAGCGGCAACCAGAUCGAGGGCAUCAAGGACGACGCGUUCAGCAACGCGACCGAGUUGUCCUGGCUGCUGGUGGACAACAAUCAGCUGUUGAGCGACAAGGUGGGCAAGGGCGUGUUCAGCAAGAUGGGCAGCCUGGAGAAGCUCUACCUGGACCACAACAACCUGACCGCGCUGCCCACGCUGCCCCGCUCCCUGCACGAGCUGCGCGCCAGCUACAACAAGCUGUCCAAGUUUGGCGGCUCUCUGGGGAAGCUGGAGAACCUGACGAUGCUCAUCAUGAACAACAACAAGCUCAAGGAGGACGGCCUCGGAGCCGCCUUCAAGGGCCUGAAGUCGCUGAUCCAGCUGGACCUGUCAGGGAACCAACUCAAGAAAAUUCCCGACAGCCUCCCGGCGUCCAUCAAGAUGCUCUACCUGGACAACAACCACAUCGACGCGGUGCCCGCCGACUUCGUUAACAAAUUCACGGGCCUCCAGUACCUGCGGCUGUCGCACAACGCCAUGACGGACGCGGGCGUCCCGGCGGCGGUCUUCAACUCCACGUCGCUGGUGGAGCUUGGCCUGGGGCACAACAAGCUGCACAAGAUCCCCGUGGUCAGCGAGCAUCUGGAGAACCUCUACCUGGAGGCCAACGAGAUCCAGGAGUUCACCGUGAGCAGCUUCUGCGGGUCUCCGGGCUCGCCGCUCGCCUACUCGCGCCUGCGCUACCUGCGCAUGGACGGCAACAACCUCACCCGCAGCGCGCUGCCCGCAGAGGCCUUCCAGUGUCUGCGCGUCGCCUCCGAGAUUCUUUUCUAACGGGCGGGGGGGGG